AUGAAGACUCUCAAGAUCGGUUUGAUCCCCGGAGACGGAAUUGGAAGAGAAGUCAUCCCAGCAGGUAAGAAAGUCUUGGAGAACUUGCCAGCAAAAUACGAUUUACAAUUUGAGUUUGUCGACUUGGAUGCUGGGUUUGAAUUGUUCAAAAAGACAGGUACGGCCUUACCUGACAAGACAGUAGAGAUUUUAAAGAGCGAAUGCGACGGUGCUUUGUUCGGUGCUGUGUCAUCACCAACCACCAAAGUCGAAGGCUACUCGUCGCCAAUUGUCGCCUUGAGAAAGAAAUUGGGGCUUUAUGCCAACGUGCGUCCCGUGAAGUCCGUCAAGGGCAUCGGAAGACCCGUCGACAUGGUCAUUGUCCGUGAAAACACCGAGGAUUUGUACGUCAAGGAGGAAAGAACCUAUGAGAAAGAAGACGGUACUAAAGUCGCCGAAGCAAUCAAGAGAAUUACGGAGACGGCUUCCAAGAGAAUUGCCAAGAUGGCCUACGAUAUUGCUUUGCAAAGACAGGCGAUCCGUGACGCUGCUGCCGCUGGUAGUGAGCAACUCCACAGCAAGCCCUCAGUCACCGUGACCCACAAAUCAAAUGUCUUGUCGCAAUCGGAUGGUUUAUUCCGUGAAGCAUGCAGAGAAGUCUAUGACUCGAACCAGGAUAAAUACAAAGGUGUCGACCACAAGGAGCAAAUCGUGGACUCCAUGGUCUACCGUAUGUUUAGAGAACCAGAGAUCUUUGACGUGGUUGUUGCCCCAAAUCUCUACGGUGAUAUCUUGAGUGAUGGUGCUGCUGCGUUGGUUGGAUCCUUGGGGGUUGUUCCAUCUGCCAAUGUCGGCGACAGUUUUGCCAUUGGUGAGCCAUGUCACGGCUCUGCUCCGGAUAUCGAAGGUAAGGGGAUCUCGAACCCAAUUGCCACCAUCAGAUCUACUGCUUUGAUGUUGGAGUUUAUGGGCUACCCCGAAGCUGCUGCUAAGAUUUACGAAGCUGUUGACGCCAACUUGUCCGAGAACAAAAUCAAGACUCCAGAUUUGGGAGGAAAUUCGACUACUAGCGAAGUGGUUGACGAUAUCGUCAGAAGAUUCUAG